AAGGUGCGGUUUUGAUAUUGUGCUGAAUACCAGUACUUUUUAUUGUUUACUAAACAUAUUGGGAUUAACACUACAUUUUCACCUUGUAUUCCUCCAACAAUGCAAGUAAAUUCGGGAUGUGACACGCGAGGCACCUUUUAGAGCGGGUUAUAGCCAGAAAACAUUAGCGCGAGCCUAAUAAAACAGCCAUGAAUGCGCGCGCGUCAAACUGAACCACAUGAGUGCGCGCGGAGGAUCGGGGCUUAUAACAGCCUACAACACAUGAGGGUGAAUGCUUCGGUGUAGCUUCAACGAGAGGUCUGUGCGGAUAAAGUCCACCUGCUACAAUCUUACGGAGCUUAACGAUGGACCUAUUUGCGCAGACUGCAUUUGGCUUGCGGUGAGGUUCACGAUAAAGCGAGCACUCAUGCGCUCGCGCAGCACCCACUGCUGAAAUGAUGUGGGAAGGAAUGAGAGGUUACGAGGAGAAAGGGUCAAUGGUAACCUCGAGAUCGAAGAGUACACACAAUCAAGAGAGCAGUCGGAUCGAUAGUGUUGGAUACUGUUGACGUUUUCGAGCUCCAGAGCUGUGUGUGGGAAUACUGGGAAUACAGUGGAGCACUGAGGGACUGUUCCCCAAUGGAAUGCAGAGAAGGCAGCGCAACUGCCGCAGUGACUGAAGUUGGUUUGUUGAUCCAUUCAAUAACGGAUAUGCUGCCAACAGGCUAUUUCAGCAAAAGAGAUAACGAAAUGUACCAGAAGACAGAGGAUCUGUGAGCAACUCUUAUUUAUUUCAACAUCCACGAAGUGUGUUCUCGUGCUGUAUGCAUACAUAAAAAGACGCACGCUCACAAUUCAUAUGACUUGUUUUGAUUUGUUGAGCAGUUUUCCAGGUGUCUUGAUCAAUAGUCGUCGUCUGCAGUCCUGAUCUGGUCCUGAUCCGCGCGGGAUGGUCGAGACGCUGAGCAUCGCCGUCAUCGGAGCGCCUGGAGUCGGGAAAACUUCUAUCAUCCGUCAAUUUAUUUACAAUGACUUCUCUGAGACUUACAAUCCAACCCAUGCGAGAUACGUGUACAGACCCUCGGCCAUUCUUAACGGUGUUAUGUACGACCUGAAGAUUUUGGAUGUCCCGCCAAUUUCCUCCUUUCCUUCAAGCCCUAGUCAGGAGUGGUUAGACGCGCGGUGUAGAGGAGUCCGCAGCGCUAACGCCUACAUUCUGGUCUAUGACAUCUGCUGCGUGGAGAGCUUUGAGUAUGUCAAGAUGAUCCGACAGCAAAUUGUGGAUAACAGAGUGGGCAGCAGUAGUGAGGUGCCCAUCCUGGUGGUUGGCAGUAAGCGGGACCUUCAGCGGCAGCGGUUCACCCAGCGCAGGGCCGUGUCUGUUCUGGUGAAGAAGACCUGGAAGUGCGGUUAUGUCGAGUGCUCUGCCAAGUAUAAUUGGCAUGUGCUUCUGCUCUUUAAAGAACUCCUGGGAAUAGCCGUGGCGCGAGGACUACGCCCAAACCACACCUCUAUCCGUCUCCAGGGGGCAUUGCAGAGGAACCGCUGUAAUGUCAUGUGACAGAUAUGUAGCCUUUUUUGAAUUUAUGCUUAUUUAGGACCAGUUUGUGUUUUCAGAUUGUCCUUGUUUUCUGAUUUAAACUGGUCCUAAGUCAGUACUUACAGUCAUCUUUGCUGAACCACAAGGAUGGAGCUUUGGUGACAAACUGUCAAUCGAAAUGGCUGGAAUACUACCACCUAGGGGCCUCUGUAACUGAUGCAUUCAUCUGAUGGAUUACCUUAGAUACUACUGAUUUCACUUUUCUCCAGCGUACAAACAGAAAAAUGGAAGCAGAGAAGGGGUUUUUCAGCUUACCAAAGUCCGUCAGGAUGAGAGUGAAAUAUUGCAUUGGUCUCAAACAGAGACCAGAGAUUCAGAUGCUGUGUAUUCCAGAUUGACAGUUUUUAACUGUUGCCUGUAAACAGCUUUUAUGAAGGGAUUGAACAUACUUAGGUUUCGGGAAUAAUGAUGAGUGAAAGUUUGAGAACCCUUUGGAAUUAUCUAUAGUUACAGUGCCAAUUAAAAACAGCAACAAAUGAGAUAAUAUACCUUUUUUAACGAUCUUCUUUAAAAGUUCUUAUUUAUCGUGGUCAUCUUUAGAUUAACAUUCAGAAGCAAUGACUUCAACCAAAAAUUUCAGUGCCAUACUCCUCAUUGGCUCAUUUCUCUUUUGCAAAACUGCUUCAGGACAUUAAUAUUGAAAGAGCUGCGCACUUCAGAUCCUGCCACUACAUUUCACUUCAUGAACCUGACUAACCAGAUGCUGCACCUCACCGACAAACAUCUCACUGUUUUCCCAUUCCCUAUAGGAAUUCACUGAUCCACCUUACAAAGACCUGGCAAAAGUGUGUAUAAUAUUCGUACAGUGUGGUUGGGGUGACAUUUCUUUGUUCGAACAGCUUUCUUUUUAAUGGCAAAAUGGUUUUAAUUCGUUCUGAUGAGCUGUCCUUCCAUGCACACCACCCCAGUUCAGUGUUUGGUCCCAUGAUAUAUGUUCACAAUUUACCUGAGUGUGGAUUUGUGAAGGCCGUAGUCAAUAACUUAACACUUUUUAUCCUUAUGUGAACAUCAAAACGCUUUAUCUGAAGGCCAAUGAUUAGGUAUGCCAAAACUUAUACUAUGAUUUACUCACAUAUGUCCUGUCAAAUCUAGUAACAUCCUACCUCCUAAAUAUAGGUCAUUGAAGAAAUGAGGCACAAAAUAAAGUCUUCCUCUGUCAGGAUAGCGAGGUGUUGUGUGGAGAUUUCAGCAAGCAUGUACACUGGCACUCGAAAAGCUGUGAGAAGUGAUGAUACAGCUAACAGAUCCUCUGGGGCUUCCCUAAACCUGAAGCUUUCUGCUGAACCAAGAUGCAGAGGAGGCUUAUGUCGUUUACUGCAGUCGACUGCAGUCUGUAUGGCACAAUCCACAUCCUCUCUGGAGUAUUUCUGAAUGCAGAAUACAUUAAAGUUAAAGUGGUUCGUUCAGUGUCUGCAAUGAGAUUCAGGGUAGAGAACAUAUAGACGUUUGGCCUGAGCUUCAAAUGUCCUAAUAUAGAGAGUGUUCUCUUGACAUGUACUGAUAGUUGGCACAAAUGAUUUGUUGGCUGUGUUGAAGUGUUGCUUUGGUGCACGGGUGGUGGGGGUUUAUUUUAUUAUACUAAAAUUGAUGGUCCCUGAAUGCUUUCCUAUUUUCAUUUUUCUAAGACAUAUUUUCAUACCAGGCAGAGAAAAAUCCCUCGUUCCUCGAAAAUGCAACCCUGGCAGCCAUCUAUGCACUUGUACACAUCUUACGUGACUGUCAGCAGAUGGAAACAUGAAUAAGUUAGUAACUUUGGUCAUCCUUCAGACUUUUUUAUUAUAAAGAAUUUGUUUUCUGUUGAAUAGAGCUGCAUGCUUUAAUUGGCAAAACCUAAAUCAUUCAGGGGUAAAUUGCACUGACGUACACUGCAUGUACAUGAGAGUGCAAGCAGAUCUUUGUAACAGAAUUGUGCAUCGUUUUUGUCUUUUUUGUAUAAUGUUAGUGUAAAGCUUAGUAUGUAGUUUAAGUGUAUGUGAUGGAGAUGGAGUCAGGUUUGUGUUCUAAAACAGCAGAGAUGGACUCAUACAUUUGCAUGCCACACAGUGUUAUGGUUGUGGACUAGGGACUGGACGACAUGAUGUAGCAGAUGUCAUGUUUUUGUGGAACGUGUCCUGUGCUCGUAAUGUUAAUGGCUUUAGACUGAACUUUCAGACAUGCUGAAUAUGGAUUCUCUUGGUAGGACUGUCUGUUUUUUUUUCAUGUCAAUUUGUUUUAGAUUUUAAAGGGCUACCUGCUUUUUCUAAUAUGGAAAGAAAUGUUGUCUUUUUAGUAGUUGUAAUGUUUCAUCAAAGAAAGUUUAAUAAACCCUUUCAAACGA